CCGGGCACGCUCCCCCGCGGGCGUGCCCGAGCUUCCGCCUCGCAGGCCCGUGGGAUACGCUUCUUCCUGGGACGGAGACAGACUGUCCAGGUUGCUUGCCUUUUCUCAGGCCGCAGACGAUGAUCCCUCCCGGGGACUGCGUGUACGCGGGGAGGACGAGGAGGAGGCCCAUCCAGAAACAGUAAAGAGGCCUGCCUUGGGGGCUGAGAAGUCGAACCCUUCCAAGAGGCACCGGGACCGCCUCAAUGCCGAGCUGGACCACCUGGCCAGCCUGCUGCCCCUGCCCCCCGACGUCAUCUCCAAGCUGGACAAGCUCUCGGUGCUGCGCCUCAGCGUCAGCUACCUCAGGGUGAAGAGCUUCUUCCAAGCCAUACAGGACAGGCUUUCGAGUCCGCUGGCGACAGGGACCUGUGCACCGGGAGGCGGCCACCUGCGUGGAGGGUCUGCUGUGCUGGAGGGGCGGCUGCUGCUGGAGUCCCUGGACGGCUUCGCGCUGGUGGUGAGCGCCGAGGGGAUGAUCUUCUACGCGUCGGCGACCAUCGUGGACUACCUGGGCUUCCACCAGACGGACGUGAUGCACCAGAACAUCUAUGACUACAUCCACGUGGACGACCGUCAGGACUUCUGCCGGCAGCUGCACUGGGCCAUGGACCCUCCGCAGGCGGUGACCGGGCAGCCCCUGGCUGCUGAGGCAGGAGAGGACCCCGUGCUGGGGCGGCUGCUCGGGGCCCAGGACGGGGGUCGGAGUGCGCCCGCCGAGUUCGCGGCCUUCCUGACUCGCUGCUUCGUCUGCCGAGUGCGCUGCCUGCUGGACAGCACCUCGGGCUUCCUGACGAUGCAGUUCCAAGGAAAACUCAAAUUCCUGUUUGGGCAGAAGAAGAAGGCGCCCUCGGGGACAGCCCUGCCGCCGCGGCUCUCGCUGUUCUGCAUCGUGGUGCCGGUUCUGCUGCCUCCCGUGGCAGACAUGAGCACCAGGAGCGCGUUUCUGAGGGCGAAGCACAGGGUGGACGCCACGGCCGGCAUGGACACAAACACCACGGCUGCCGCGACCCUGUGUGACGCGGACUCGCACGGGAAGCCCAGUCACCCUGCAGGGAGGGGCAGCGCAGAGAGCUGCUUGUCGCUGUUCAGGGCGCAGAUGGACGCGGGACGCUGGGCCCGGGGCCCCGCCAGGGCUCCCUGCAUGUGCCUGAGGAGUGGGCCGGACUUCAUCUUCCACCCCGAGGGGGCCGUGGGGGACGAGGAGGGAGAGGAGCAGGCAGGGGUGCUGAGCAGCUGCACUGCGGUGAGGGGGCUCCGGGAGAUGCGCAGGUACGACUGCCGGCUGCAGACGCCAGGGCCCGUGCGGCACCUGAGCUGGACGGCAGGAGCACACGGUGAGGGUGGUGGCUCCAGGCUGAGGCCGCAGCCCAGUAGGAGCCAGCUGGCCUCUGUGCAAGCCAUGCCUCGCGGCUCCUGUGUGCCCUACCCCAGUGUCCAGGGCUCGGUCGGUGCCAGGGGUACAGCUGCCUUCAGAGAUUCUCCCGUUUCUCCUCUGCCAAGCCAUUGUCCUGACGCCUAUGCCAGCCGGACCAGCAGGCCCCCGCGGGACGUGGCUCAGGGCCCCGGGCCCCUGCCUGCCUGCCGCUUGCCCCAGGCGCCCCCGCCUGCAGCUCAGCACUUCCCAGCAGGCAGCAGUUCCACCGAGGACACCCAGGGAACCUCGUGCCACCCCCUGAUGUCGCUGGAGAUGCCCAUCAAAAUGGAGAAAGACUCUGGACCCGAGGAUGCCACAGGUGCCUACGAUCCUGGCCAGGUGUGGCAGGGAGCCAGCAACGUGGCCAAGUCACACCUGGUCACUUUUCCUACCAGGGUGCACCUGAAAAUGGAGCCGCACUCCAGGCCCCAGGUGUAUGCCCCACACCUUGGGCACAGAGUGCUGGGGGCGGCCCCCCAUAGCAGGGCUGCCGCUGGGCCUGGCAGAGAGCUGGCCCCAUUCUACCCCCCACCCUGUGCCUGCCUGGAGCACCUGCACAGCCUUCCCGAGCCGCAGCCCCCCCUCCACCUCUGCACACCUGGCCGCCCUGAGCGCCAGCCCCUGGGUCCCGGGGACGCCCCCACGGUCAAGCGCGAGCCCCUAGACUCACCCCCCUGGGCCCUGAUUCCGCCCAGGGCCUCCGAGUGCACGUUCCUGCCCUAGCACUGCUGGCCCCCUGGGGCUGCUGACUGGCUGUGGCUGCCUCCGCUGGAACACAGGGACACGGCCGGAGCCCCAGCAGCAGAGCCCUGCAGAGUGGUGUGUUGGACCGUGUGUUACAGGCGUCCUGCCAUGACCCUAACUCUGCUCAGUGACCAUGAUGCUCUUUGAGAAGUUGAGGUCAUCAAGAGAGUGGCCAGCAGUGGCACACACAGCACGGCCGGCCAGCGCUUUAUGCUCCAAGAGGCAGCUCCACAGUCCAGGUCGGAGCCCACGGGUGUGGAGCCUCCAGCCCGGCCUCCAGGCUGCCUCUCAGCCUCCUGCCUGUGGGUGUAGGGCAAGGCUUCAGGGGGAGGACAUUGGCGAGCAGCACAGGGUGCAUUAGUGACAGUCGCUCAGUGGGAGGUGACCCUGAGCAUCAUGGGAGGAACCCAGGAGGGUUCAUGUGGAAGGGGCUGUUGGCGCGGAAGUGCAGCAGGUGCGAGAGGGGCCACGCGAGUGGAGGCACAGGAAUCUUCUGGGAGCUGCCCUGGGAUUUUCAUGGGCUCCUGAGGACCACCCAAGGCAACUUGGGGCUGCAGGCGCAGUCCCGGCUCCUUCCAAGUGCCCUUGGCCGGCGUGGAACGUCCAGUGCACAACAGAGGAUGUGGAGGAAGCCGUGCAGCGGGUCCAGCGUCUGCCCUGAGGUCACCUUCUCUUGGGAGCUGUGGCCGUGGCAGGGCCUGCAGGCCAGGGACCUGCGGGCCAGGGACCUGCCUGCACAUUCAGGCUUCAGCAUGGGCUCUGCAUUCAUGGCCUUGGGACAGCAGUGUUCAGCCCCUGGAUGGACAUGCAUGGUAAAUGCACACUUUGUGGACAUAUGGCUCGGGGGCAGGACUGGGACGCCACACCUGGGGUGCUUGCCCUCAGCAGCCCGGGCUCAUGAGGAUUUGCCCUGGGCAGCGAUGGGGCUGAAGAUGUCCUCCCAGCACUCAGGGCCACCUGCGCAGUGGCCUCUCGGGUCUGCUCAUCCCACAAUCCCCUUUGCAAAGGUGACCUUGAUGCCAUGCUGUCAUGGGCAGGAGCCAUGCUCACGGCCUCCACGUCCACUGUCAGUUUCUUAUUCCCCUGACACCUGAAAUCAGGAUAAUGGCCUAACCACCUUGGGGCACAGCCACCUGGGGAUGCAGCCACUUGGGAACACAGCCACCUGGAGGCGUGACCACCUGGGGACAAAGUCACCUGGGAAUGCAACCACCUGGGGAUGAGGUCACCUGGGGACACAGCCACCUGGAGACACAGCCACUUGGGGAUGCAGCCACCUGGGGACACAGCCACCUAGGGAUGAAGUCACCAGGGGACACAGCUAUCUGGGGACACAGCCACCCAGGGACGCAGCCACUUGGGGACACAGCCACCUGGGGACAGAAACAGCUGGGGACACAGCCACCUGGAGAUGCAGCCACCUGAGGACAGAAACAGCUGGGGACACAGCCAUCUGGGGACGCAGUCACCUGGAGACACAGCCACCUGGGGACAGAAACAGCUGGGGACACAGCCACCUGGGGACACAGUCACCUUGGAACAGAGUACAGCCACCUGGGGACACAGCCACCUGGGGAUGAAGUCACCAGUGGACACAGCCACCUGGGGACGCAGCCCCUGAUGGAUGCACCUGGGGACGCAGCCCCUGAUCUGAUUCUCACUCUGCACAGCUGGCCCAGCGUUCCCUCUUCACUCGGUCUUGCGCCCAGCGCGGCACUGCACUCUGCUGUUAAUGACUUCACCCUUAAGGGGGUGGUACUUCAGGCUCUUCCUCCUUUCCUCCUAUCCCAACCAAGCGCCCACUCUGCCUCUAGAAAGCCCCUCCUGGUGUCCAGACCCCAACAUCUCCCAGGCAGGAGUGGUGGGGGCGGGGCAGUUCCCAGAGGCCCCUAGGCAGCCCAGUGCUCAGCACCACCUCUUCCUGCCUUGGAGCCGGAGCAGCGACAGACGAGCAGGUGUGAUGCCUCUGGAGUCUCCCAAACAGUGCAUGGAACCAGGAAGGGAAGAAAUUGAAAGACAUCAUCACGCGUUUCCAGCCCCUCCGAGGUGGCCAACGAGGCCACAGAUCCUGCCCAGGAGAUUUCCCCCUGUUCUGUGUCCUUCCAAACCCCCAGACACAGCCGCCCACCCCUCCUGGACCAGCAUGGACCAGUCCAGUGGCCUCGGCUGCCUGAUGGGUCACGCUCUCCUGACCCUCAUUCCACAGCUGGGUUUUGUGUUCUGGGAACACGCUGUGUCCCAGGCGCCAAAAAUUGCCUCAGUGAGAACUUUUGCCAUUUUCUCCCCAGGUCCGAAGAGGAGGCUGUGUGGGGAAGGCAGCAGGAAGGUGCAGGGGGCAGGUGUGUGAUGUCACAGGGACACAGGGAGGUGCAGGGGGCAGGUGUGUGAUGUCACAGGACACAGGGAGGGGCAGGUGUGUGAUGUCACAGGGACAUAGGAAGGGGCAGGUGUGUGAUGUCACAGGGACAUAGGAAGGGGCAGGUGUGUGAUGUCACAGGACACAGGGAGGGCAGGGGCAGGUGUGUGAUGUCACAGGGACAUAGGAAGGGGCAGGUGUGUGAUGUCACAGGGACAUAGGAAGGGGCAGGUGUGUGAUGUCACAGGACACAGGGAGGGCAGGGGGCAGGUGUGUGAUGUCACAGGGA